AUGCCAGAUAACGAAUUUGCAAUAUUGGUAAAAGAUGAAACUUCAACUUAUCAGCCACCAGUAUUGGUAAAAGAUGGAACUGCAACUGAUCAGCCACCAACUUUGCUAAAAGAUGGACUUUCAACUGAUCAGCCACCAACUUUGGUAAAAGAUGGAACUUCAACUGAUCAGCCACCAUUGAUCAAGCUUAGGCACUGGCAAUCGUGGCUUAUGAUGGCUCUUAACAUAUUUUUCCUUCUGGCUGGUCAAGCUGCUACCAUUCUUCUGGGAAGAUCUUAUUAUGAUCAUGGUGGAAAUAGGGAUAACAUGCUGUAUUCCGUCGGACUACUGUACCUAUCAGCCUCUACUUAUUCUCUCAUUUGUGCAACCCAGUUGGCCUUUAAUGCAAUUUUCUCUUUCAUCAUUAAUCAUCAGAAAUUUACUGCUCUAAUUCUCAAUUCUGUUGUUGUGCUUUCAUUAUCUGCUUCUCUUCUUGGUGUCAAUGAUGAUUCUGAUGGACCUUCAGGUGUUUCUAAUUCGAAAUAUAUCCUUGGAUUUCUGUGUACCCUUGGAGCUUCAGCUCUUUACUCUCUUUUACUUUCCCUAAUGCAGCUUUCAUUCCAGAAAGUUUUGAAAAAGGAAACUUUUUCUGUGGUUUUGGAAAUGCUAAUUUAUACAUCAGCUGUAGCCACAUGUGUCUCUGUUGUUGGCCUUUUUGCAAGUGGGGAAUGGAGAACGUUACAUGGAGAAAUGAAUGGUUAUGGUACGGGGAAAGUUUCUUAUGUGAUGACAUUGGCGUGGACUGCGGUGGCUUGGCAGGUUUGCUCUGUUGGUGUUGUAGGCUUGAUUUUUGUGAUGUCUUCUCUUUUCUCGAUUGUUAUUAGUACUCUAUCCUUGGCUCUUACUCCUAUUGCUGCUGUGAUUGUGUUCCAUGACAAGAUGAAUGGGGUAAAGGUAAUUGCUUUGCUAAUGGCUCUUUGGGGUUUCACCUCUUAUAUUUAUCAGAACCAUCUUGAUGAUAUUAAGGAGAAGAAAGCACAAGCUGAUGUUAAUGGCGCCCCUGAUGGUCCUUCUUGUCAAUGA